UCUCGAAAACCCUAGCAGUCGCGCCGCUGAAUUUCUCCAUGGAUGAAUCCGCCAUCAACGGGAUACAAUCGCUGGAAUUGAACGGUAGUGAUGCAGCCAUUCCAGAAAGCCGAAGAUUUCGUUGCGCUAGGAUUUGCGUUGAGGGAUAUGACACUUUGCUUCCCCGCGAUGAUGUGGAUACCGCUUUGAGAAAACAUUUCGCUUCAUGUGGAGAGAUCGCACAUGUUUCCAUUCGUAGAAACGCUGGAUCCGAUCUAUCCAAAUCUACUUAUCUCAACAGAUAUGCUAUGAUCUAUAUUGUGGGAGAAGACGCAGAAGAGAAGGCGUUGGCACUUAGUGGAAGUGACGUGGGAGGAUGGACUGUACUAGUUGAUAGUGCUUCACCCUAUCCCAAAGAUAUGAGUGAUGAUGAAUUGGCUGUUAUAAGAGCCGAAGACCGUUAUGAAGGAAUGUGUGGCGCUAGGAUUGUCGUUAGGGGUUAUGACGAUUUGCUGGAUGCGGAUGAACUUAUGAGCACGUUGAGAAAACAUUUCGCUUCAUGUGGAGAGGUCGCACAUAUAACCCUUGAAACCGAUGAAUUCACGGCUACUCUCUGUAGAUAUUGUUAUAUGUAUAUUGUGGGAGAUGGCGCUGAAGACAAGGCAGUGGCACUUAGUGGAACGGACGUGGGAGGAUGGACUGUGGUUACUUGGUCUGACCCGAUUCCCAAAGUUCUCACUGCUGAUGAAUUGGCUGCUCAAAGAGCCAAAGAACGCUAUGAAGCAUCCCGCUCCCUGAUUGGAGUUAGGGGACAUGACACCUCGCUUCCCGAGGAUGAUAUUAAGAGAGCCAUGACUGAUCAUUUCGCUUUAUGUGGUGACAUCUCCGAUGUCUAUGUAUUUGAGAGCUAUGCUGUCGUUAUUGUAAUGGGAGAAGGCGCAAAGGAGAAGGCUCUGGCACUUAAUGGAAGUGAAUUGGGAGGACGCACGCUAGUUGUUAAGUCUGCUUACAACCCCAACCCAGACAAGAGACCCCGCAUCUCUUCCUUCCCCAGCUCGUGAUGUUGCUAAGAAGGAAUAUGAAAAGGCGAGGGAAGCUGAGUUUGCUAGGAUAUUGAAGAAGAAGCCGGCGACUAAGUAGUUGUUGAAUUAGGAUACUACAAUACUUUUCUGUGAAUCAAGUGUUUUAAAAAAAACUUGUUAUGCUUUUGUCUGGAUGUUAAUAAUGAUCGUUUG